CGUGCCAGUGUAGCGUGCAGGAUUAGAUCAGAUGGGUUUGUCUCGAACCCGCAACCUUCAGGUGUUUGAUACUGAGCUGAGUGCGGAUACUGUGGAGUGGUGUCCUCUCCCUCAAUACAAGCACAUUUUAGUCUGCGGUACCUACCAGCUUCAGAAAGAUGGUGACCAGAAUCCAAGCAGAAUUGGCCGACUGUACCUUUUUAAAUUUGAUCAACAAUCAUCUCUCACCCCUCUGACUGAGAUCCAACGCAUCGACACUCCAGCUAUACUGGAUCUAAAAUGGUGUCAUACAGCAGUGAGCGAACGACCUCUGCUGGGAAUGGCCACAGCGGGGGGAGAAAUCCAGCUGCACAAACUUCUGGACACACAAGAGAGCAGCUGUGCUCUGGAGUGGGUGCUGAGUACAGAGUUGGGUCCAGACAGAUUAGCACUGUCACUGGACUGGUCUACACGGAGAGGUGAAAGCGACACCCGGGUGGUAUCCAGUGACUCGACUGGGGCUCUGACGGUGCUGUCUCUGGGUGAGGCCAGUCUGACUGCUAUUUCCCAGUGGAAAGCUCAUGACUUUGAGGCCUGGAUCUCUGCUUUUAGUUACUGGGAUACACAGCUGGUUUAUUCUGGUGGCGAUGACUGUAAACUUAAGGGCUGGGAUAUGAGGAUGGGUCCCUCUUCUCCUACCUUUAUUAGUAAAAGGCACUCUAUGGGUGUGUGCAGUAUACACAGCAACCCUCAUCGAGAGCACAUCGUUGCCUCUGGCAGUUAUGAUGAGAACGUGUUACUGUGGGAUGGAAGAAACAUGAGACAACCUCUCAGCGAAACACCAGUGGGUGGAGGAGUGUGGAGGCUGAAGUGGCAUCCUGUUAAUGAAUACCUGCUCCUAGCUGCCUGCAUGCACAAUGACUUCCACAUUCUGAACUGCCAGCAAACGCUCGAUGGAAAUGAAGGGCCAUGCCCCAUUCUAGCAUCUUACAUCCUGCACAACUCAUUAGCAUAUGGAGCAGACUGGUCAUGGCUUCCUCUGAGCAGCCCUCCACCUUCACCCCCUCAGACUGAAGCAACACCAGCCAGUGUCACCCCCGCUGAACCUGAAGGCCACCUUAGGAUCCAGUAUGAAUCUCCCACUGCCAGCUUUGACGUCUCGCUGGAGGACGACUGUGGACACUACAUCCCUGACCAUGCUUCUCCUACAGGACAGAGAACUAUACCAGCUUCAGCUCCCAGUGUUGAAGACCCAAACUCUGUGUCAUGCCUGCUAGCCACCUGCUCCUUUUAUGACCACAUGCUGCAUGUUUGGAGGUGGGACUGGAACCCAGACAAGACUGAGACAGAAUCGGGUAGUGGUGAGGCUGGGUCUGCUUCCUCUUCUUAAAAUCCAACUAUGAAGUCUCUGAAGUGUGAUUGAGACUAAACAGAAGCCAUAACUAAUAAACAUCAUGUGGAUUUUGCAAUACUGUAA